UGCUAGCGUCCGCUCGGUCAUGACAUCACCCAAUCUCCCGACCUCGGAUCGUUCCGAGAAUUUCCCCGCACAUCCAUCCCAAUGUCGAUUAGACUCGGGCGGACUCAACGGCGUUAAAAACGUCGAAUUGAGCUUUGUGGAAACUUCUUAAUAUCGAAGUGCAAAGGGACAUAUCGCUCAGAACAUGAAGUCUACGGUCUCAAUUGCGUUUCUGGCAGCACCAGCCCUAGGCUCAGGUCAUCUCAUCGCCCGCCAAAGCUCCCUCGACUAUAACGCCGCACCACCGAACCUUUCUACAUUAGCAAAUGCUUCUCUUUAUGGCAUCUGGCGGCCCAAGGCCCACGUCCUCCCUUUGUAUGGUUCAACUGGCGACCCUUGCAUGCAUUACACGGAUCCGUCAACUGGACUCUUCCAUGUCGGCUACCUGCACGAGGGCGCCUCAGGGGCGACAACAUCCGACCUGGUAAUCUACACUGAUCUUAAUCCAAACUCGGAGCCCUUCAUCCGAGCAGGCGGAGUCAAUGACCCGAUCGCCGUUUUCGAUGGAAGUGUCAUGGAAAGGGGCAUCAACGGGACACCAACACUGCUGUACACGAGCGUGAGCUACUUGCCAAUCCAGUGGACGAUCCGGUACACGAAAGGCAGCGAGACCCAAUCUCUCGCUAUGGCAGCAGAUGGAGGGCGGAACUUCUCGAAAUUAGAGCAUGGACCAGUGAUUCCGGCGCCGCCAUUCGCGCUCAACGUGACGGGUUUCCGCGAUCCUUAUGUGUUCCAGAACCCGCAGUUCGAUCGCAUCCUAGGGAGCAGUAAUGGCACUUGGUACACAACCAUCUCCGGCGGUGUGCAUGACCAAGGCCCGAGCUUGUUCCUCUACAGACAAUACGAGAAAGAUCCCGAUUUCCAGACUUGGGAGUACCUAGGCCAAUGGUGGCAUGAGCAAGCAAACACGACCUGGAUGGGAGAAGACUGGGCUGGACGCUGGGGCUUCAAUUUUGAGGUCGGGAACCUUUUCACGCUGGAUCAAGCCGGAUACAACUCCGAAGGCGAGAUCUUUGUGACGAUGGGCGCGGAGUGGAGUUAUGCGCCGAUCGUGCCGCAGGUCUCGGACAAUAGGGACAUGCUUUGGGCCGCUGGGACGCAGAGUUUAGUCGACGGAGAAUUGAAGUUCGAGCCGACGAUGGCUGGGAAGCUGGAUUGGGGCCGUUCAGCGUAUGCUGCUGCGGGGAAGCACCUUCCCGCUUCCUCUUUACCGAGCCAGAAGAGUGGUGCGCGCGAUCGAUUUAUUACGUAUCUGUGGUUGACGGGCAAUUUCUACGGUAUCUUGGACUUUCCGACGCAGCAGCAGAACUGGACGGGCUCGCUCUUGCUACCCAGAGAGCUGAGCGUCGGGUAUAUCGCUGUCGUCGAUAAUGCGCUUGCGAGGGAGAAAGGCUCAUGGAAGAUCUACGGCGAGACAUUGAAUGGCACCGUCAUGCUUGCGACCCUGCAGCAGAGCAUUGCACGGGAACCUUUGGCGGCCUUCAAGCAGAACGCUACGAAUGUAAUUACGCAACCUGGCGGGCAGGUCUCAUCGAACCGGACCUUCGACCAAAGUCCUUCCUCAAAGCACUAUAUCCUCUCCACGUCGAUCACCUUCCCCUCGCGCGCGAACAACGACCUCAAAGCCGGCUUCACCAUCCUCUCAGGACGGCACGAGCGCACGCACAUCUACUAUCAAUUCUCCAACGAAAGCAUCAUCGUCGACCGCUCCAACUCUUCCGCAGCAGCAACCACAACCCCAGGAAUCAAUACUGACAAUGAGGCCGGGAAGCUGCGCUUAUUCGAUGUACCCGGCGACGGCGCAGGCUCGAAGGUGGAAUCGCUGGAUCUCACGAUCGUCGUGGAUGGAGGGAUUGUGGAGGUUCAUGCGAAUGGUCGGUUUGCGCUGAGCACGUGGGUUUGGAGCUGGCAUGAGGGUAGCAAGGACAUUGGGUUCUUUGUUGGAGGAGGGGAGGUGCAGUUUGGGGAAGUGGGCGUUUGGGAGGGGUUGGUGGAUGCGUGGCCGCUGAGAAGCCCGGGAGAGUAGAUUGAGCAUACAAUUGAACAAGGCCGGUCAGCAUGGCAUGGCGUCCUUUGCUUCGCGAGGACAUUACCAAGGAUCUCUAGUUGUUGGAGGUAAUCAAUCAGUUCUCGUAGCUCAGUGUCCUCAAAAGAGUCUUUGAACAGCAAAGUCAAUCUCCACCGGAAUCCUAUCACGCGAAUGCACUCGAGCCCAUCUAUGUCUCUUGCAAACAGAAAUGAGACGGAAAAAUUGUGACCGAGGGGGAAACCAUGGAGGAAGUGACUAAUGGCACUCAAUGCUCCGACUCGAAUCGCCUCCCCCGCCAAACUCCCGCUCCGAAGCCAAGGACCGCCCAUCGAAGCGGACUCCCGCACCGAUAUCGCACCAGUGGAUCGUCUCGGGAUCUACCCGCAGCGCAUGAUAC